AUGGCCACCGCUGAACAAGAUCAAGUGGGAACGCGGCUGCUCUGCUUGACAGACCCUCGCGACUCGACUAAAUAUACCGAGGCGAAGGCGGUUGAUGUCGUCGCGGUCUACGGUCUCGAUGCGGCUGGCGGUGGUACCAGCUGGACAACGCCAGAUGGGACUCGGUGGCUGCGUGAUCUCCUCCCUGGCGAUAUUCCAUGUGCCAGGGUUCUGGCUUUUCUCUACGAUGCCGAAGCCUUGUUUUCUCGAUUUCCGACGCAUGUUGAGUCGGUGGCUAGAAGCAUGCUGAGUGCGUUGGCGAUGAGCCGUAGGGAUGUUCCCUCUACGAGACCGCUCGUCCUUGUUGGGCAUGGAUUUGGUGGGCUUGUUGUUGAAGCUGUAGUUAACUACGCCCUUGCCCAUGAGGCAUUCUCUGAUAUCAAGGUCUGCCUCAAAAAGGUCGUCUUCCUGAGUACACCGCAGCGCUCGCCGCCAGAGAUUCCCUGGAAAACCCUUCUGGUGAACUCAGCAAAGGACAGUCUCUACGGGCCUAAUUCUUCAAAGAUUGUCGAUAUCAACAUAUUGACAUCCAUCGAGCGAAAUGCGCAGUCCUUCCAGAAAGUCCGAGCGGAAUUCAGGAAACACGCGAUCAGCCUUAAACUCAAGAUCCUUACGUGCUACGAGGACAUUCUGACUCCUCCGCAACAAUCCUGCACUGUGACCGAGUUCUGCGCAACCCUUGCCCUCAAGGCAGAAAAGGUGCAUAGGAUGCGUGGGUGUAACCACUUAUUCACUUCGCGCUUUUCUGACAGAGAGGACGAGAACUAUAGGGCUAUCAUAUCCGCUAUCAAGAAGGUCGUGAAAGAGCUCAUUACGCCUGUACCAGGACAAACACUCCAUACCACGCUUCAACAGCAGAAGGGGUUGUCUAGUAACAUAUCCCCUUCUACUUCUUUAGUAAACGUCUCUGCUAGUGUCCAUUCACCAGCUGAACUACCGCAGCUCCCUGAAGUUCUGGUACAGCAGCACACGUUUGCCCCCGUCGAUAUAUCACAGCCAGAGGCAGCAGUCCCUGACAGUCGUCCAAAUCACCCAAGAUCACUUUCAACUUCUAUCGUUACAGGGACUGCUGCUUCUGCUGCAGCUCGGCUGAGCUCGUCGGAUAUCACACACCCCGUUGUCAACCCCCAACGACCAUCCCUCCCUUCAAGCCUCUCCAUCCAGGCACCCACUAGACACCUGUCCCUAUCGGGAAUUGGACAUGACGCUGUUCCGCAGCCAAACACUAUUCCCGACAUACUUAAGCCCCGGCCAGCGAGUGUAUACACCCAGACAGCCGCCCAGGGUCAAUCACACUUUCAAUCUACUUCUCGUCAGCUGUCAACGUCGACAGUGGCUACAGCAACAGGUCCUGAGAAACAAGGAUCAAGUCAGGGGUUUAUUCCGUAUAGGCCUUUUGUAGCAGAGACAGUCCCUGUCAACCCGACAGGGCAACGGUCUAUCGGAAGUACUCAAACGUACAAGCCGUUCAGGCCACUUUCCAUGCAGAUGCCUCUGCAACAGGGUCAACUGCGUGGUGCGCCAUUUGGGCCUAUCCAUAGCCCGCAACCUAUGCAAACUCCGCCCACUUUACCCAUGCGAGAACCGCCGUCAAUCUCAAGCUCAACACUUCCCACGCGCUCUGUUUCUGGAACUGCAGUACCGGGUAUUCUUACUUCAGGGCACGAUGCAAACAAAGGCCUUCCACUGGAUAGAGGACUACCCGGCCAGCGUUUCCAGGGCACCACUCAUACAGGACCUACCACCAGCAGGGGCCUUUCGAGCGCUGUUCUGCCGACUAUUCCCAGGCCAGUUCAACCGGCUCAUCCACCGGGGCCAGCAUCGAUGCGCGACCUUCCUACAGUGUCCGAACCCCCGGGAGACAGAUUUGCUACUUUCCAGCCGUUUCAAACAUCAAUACAGAAUACCGGUAUCUCCGUUAAACCAGUACCUCCUGCGUCCACCACAAGCAGGAACCUACCCACCCAGCCAACAAGCGGUGCACCAGCUGCCGUGAACAUUGCAGUCUCAGCCUCAACAGCUCGCAGCAUAAAUGGACCACCUCCAAUGCCAAAUAGCUCAAGCGGACCAAUUAUGCCUCCAAAGCCUAUGCCAUACGGACGCCCUCCAAUCCCAGCAGCCACUGCACCUAGAGGUCCACCGUCGAACAUCCAGAAUCAACCUCCAAUGCCCAGUUCUCUAGGUGCCACUCGUCCUCCAGGUCCUACGACGACCAGGAGCCUUCCCCCAUCCUCGUCAACUAUUCAGCCACAUCCCCCACCAAAGCCAAGACCUCCGAUGCGGUCCUCGAUAUCUAGUCCUCCAAGUGCACAACCCCCAGGUCCUACACCUAUAUCGCGCGGACCACCACCAGGACCGCCGCCAAACCCUGGCCCUAGAGGUGCAGCACCAUCAAGGCCAGAACCUCCAAGGCCAGAACCAUCAAUACCACUGGCCAAGGCGCCACCACCGCGCCCCAUGCCUCCAAGCGCCCCAGUUCCCGCCCCUUCCACUACUCGCGGACUCCAAACAGGCCCAAAACCGCCUCCAAAACCACCGGGAAUCCUCAAAAAGUUAUUCGGCUCAUCAACGGGUCCAUCAUCGGGGCCUACCAGAGGUCUACCGCCGCCGCCACCACCACCACCACCAGCAGCGCCCAUCGGCCGCGGAAUGCCUAAACCCGGCCCAGGUACCGGCCAAUAUACACCCUACCCCGGACCUACCGGAAGCAAGCAGUCGCAGCCACAGCCAAAACCACCACUCCCUCCUCCCACGAGGGAAAGUCCAGUGUACCAUCCAUCCCCGCAUGCGAAUGACGCCGGUAAGGGUAAGGAUAUGGGCUGGAAACACACGGGCUCACGAGGAUUCCACCAGCCCCAUACCAGCAUGGGACCGGGGGAUGGAUAUCAAAAGGACCGGGGCCUUAAUUCGCUUUAUUUUUCAGACCACCCGAUUCCACCCCUAAUUCUGCAGUCACAGGGACAGGGUCCGCCUGAUUAUAUGCAAUUACAGGCUCAGGCUCAGGCACAGGCACAGGCACAGGCACAGGUUCAGACUCAGACUCAGACACAAGCACAGUUACAAACGCAGGUACAAACACAGAUCCAAGGACCCAUACAACCUGUACCCGGAAACGCAGAUGAGAAGCCCAAAGAGAACGAAUCCUCAGGCUCAAGCUCUACAAUCAAAAUAGCAGCCGGUGUCGCAGUCGGCGCUGCUAUCGGCGGUUUAGCCACGGGUGCGAUUGUGGGUGCGCUGCAGGAGGAGAAUGAAGGCGAAAGCAAGGAACCCAAGGACCCCAAGGAGAACGAAGAACCCUUGCAAUCGGGAUCAGAGAGUAACAGUUCGGUGUCUGGUUCUGUGGCUGGUGAGGAUAUUCCUCGAGAUAUUCCGCCAUCUAAUGAGGUUGCUGGUGGUGGUGGGGAUAUUGACCCUGAAGAUCCAAGUCAGUGGGAGAGAGUGGCUGAAAUCGAGACGGAGACGGGCUCUACGAGUGGGGGUAGCUCUGUAUCUACGCCGGUCUCGGGUUCGUCGUCUGAGAAUGAGGGGGGGAGUGAUGAAGAUGAAGGUGGUUAUACCGGUGGGUAUGAUGAGGAUGACGAUGGGGGUGUCUAUGAGCGUGGCUAUGAUCCAGACCAUGAGUAUCAACAUGUUGAGGAUGGUGAUAGACACUAUGGCGGGGAUGAUGGACACUACGACGGGUAUGACCAAGAUGUCGACGGUGACGGCUAUGAACAUGGUGAAAAUGAUGACGCCCAAUAUCCUGACGGCCAAGACGGAACUUACGAUGAGUAUGACAACGACAACUACGAUGCACAGGAGACUGCCGAUCGCCAAGAUGACCCGAAGGACGAAAUCCAGGUCGAUGUGACUGGUCAGACAGACUCUGGGGAUGAAUAUGAAGGUGGCGACGCAGACGAUUAUCAGUACGAGGACGGAUGGGGAGACGGUGACGACACGGGCGAUCAAGGAGAGGAUGAGGAUGCAAACUACACCUACGAGGGAGAGAAUGAAAAUCAGGAGGAAGGAUACCCUGACGAAUGUCAAGGUGAAUAUGGCACUAAUGAGAAUGGGGAUGACGAUGAUGAAGAGGAGGAAGAAGAAGAAGAAGCGGGCGGGCAAAGUUACGACAGCGAUGAUAAUCAGAAACAGGGAGAAGAUUGGGACUACGAAUAUCAGGGCGAGUACAAUGGUCAGGAUGGAGAUGGCAGCGAAGAAGAGGAAGAAGGUCAGACUUACCAGAGCGAGGAUGAACAUCAAGAGGGAGAACACUCGGACUACGAAUACCAGAUUCAAUAUGACCAUGAUGAGGGUGAGGGUGAUGAAGAAGAAGAUCACGAAAGUGAGGAAGAGCAACAGACUGGAGACUACGACGGGGGUGAAAGCGAAGAGCAGGAGACGGAGUAUGUCAACCACGAAUAUGAUUAUAACGAGAAUAACGGCGACGAAGAGGACAGUGAUGACGAUGAUGAUGACGAAGGCGAAGGCGAAGAAUAUCAGGGUGAAUACCAGACGGACUAUCAACAAUAUCAACCCGAGUACCAGGUCGAAUACCAGGAGCCUGAAGUUGAGUAUGAACCUGAACCAGAAUAUCAGGUCUACUACGAGCCCGAAUACCAGCCAGAGUAUCAAGAGCAGUAUCAGGCAGAUUACGAGCCGGAAUACCAGCCAACAUAUGAACCCGAGUAUCAGGUUGAAUAUCAACAGGAGUACCAGCCUGAAUAUCAACAGGAGUACCAGCCUGAGUACCAGUAUGAAGAACAGGCUGACUACGGGGACUACGGUGGUUAUGAGGACGAAGGCUAUGGUUAUGAGGAGUAUUAG